AUGAACGCCCGCGGCUACGCAUCAUGCAAUUGCUACCUGCUGGUGGAGGACGACGAGGCGCUGCUGCUCGAUACGGGGUUUGGCAUCCACAAGGACCAGAUGCUGAGCCAGAUUGGUUCGCUGAUCGGCCCGGACACUUCGCUUUCCAUAAUGGUGCUUCGUCUCAAUGACUUCCUCUCGGUCGGCAAUGCGCUGCCGAUUGCCCGGCGCUUUCCCGUCAAGAGACUGUUCGCCACCAUCAAGAACGCCGCCGCCGCCCUCGAUUUUGAAUCGACGAGCCAAGAGGAAGCCGAGGCGAAUGCCGAGCGGUUUCCCAUUGAGCUGAUCACCGGCAACGAAUGGGUCGAGAUCGGCAGAAGCAAGCGGCCGGUCAAGUUCAACCAGUCUCCGUUGCGCCUCAUCAAUACCCGCUGGGUUUACGACCCGGCGAGCAAGACCCUGUUCACAUCGGACAUGUUCGCCCACUCCUGGAGCGAGAGCAUCGAGCCGCAAUGGAGCAUCGAUCCCAGUGCCGACGAAACGACCGAGGACGACGUCCGUCGGUUCCUGCUGAGUACCCGCUACUGGUGGCUGGAGGGGGCGCGGACGGACGAACUCCGCCGCGGCAUCGACGCGAUAUUUGAAGCCCAUGAUAUCGAGAACAUCGCUCCGGGUUAUGGAAAGCUGUUGCGCGGCAGGCAAACCGUCGAACGACACUAUCGGAUGCUCGAUACGGUGCUGCGCCAGCUCGACAGAUCGCAAACGCCGCCCGUCUAUAUUCCGCACGACAAGCAAUACUACCCUUCAAAGGAGGUCCAGCGGGUGCGCGGCAAGGUUUAUCACGGGUACAAUUCUGCGUUUGUGGUUUGCGGCAACGAUGCUUCGUGUCUCAUCGAAACCGGCGCGCCCAAGGAUUUCGCCGUCGUCCACGCCCAUCUGCGCAGCCUGCUUGACGGUGGCCAGCGGCCCCCGCUCAAGCAUCUUUUCCUCACUCAUCAGGAAACACCCCAUGCCGGGAGCCUGGGCCGCCUUCUCCAGCUCUAUCCCGACAUGAACCUGCAUGGCGACGUCAGCGACUAUCACCUUGCCUUUCCCCAAUUUGCCGAUCGCCUGCGCCCCAUGGUGGCCGGCGACAGCCUCGACCUCGGCAAUCGCCGGCUCACCACGCUGGACUCUGUCAUCCGCGACCUGCGGACGACGCUGUGGUUGUUCGACGAGCGUGAGCGGGUGCUGUUUCCCGGCGACGGACUGGCCUACAGCCAUUUCCAUGAACAGGGCCAUUGCGGCCUGUUGGCCGAAGAAGCCCAGGAUCUCGACCUCAAGGACGUGUCGGCGGUCUAUGCCGAGCGGGCGCUGUUCUGGACCAAGUUCACCGACAUGAAUGUCUAUAUCGAGGAGUUCGAGCGCGUGGUCGAUGCACUCGACGUCCGCCUGCUUGCGCCUACGCACGGCCUGCCGGUCGGCGAUAUCGAACGCACCAUGCCCAAGGUCAUGGAAGGGCUGCUGUUCGGCGCCGAAGCGGAAAUGACCGCCCAGGGCGAUCUGGCCCAGGGGGCGAGCCGAUGCGAGGCUUUCGCCAGGUUUGCCUUCGGGGAUAUCGAGGUCUUCCAGAUAUUUGAGGGCUCGGUGUCACGCGAGCUCGACGCCGCGUUCUUUGCCAAUGUACCGGCGGAAACGGUCGAGGCGGUCCUUCAGGCGAACGGAUUUCCGCCGGGCCGGAUCCCCAAUUCCUACACCGUUACCAUUGCCCGCAUCGGCGGAUCGCUCAUCAUGUUCGAUGCGGGGCUGGGCGAGCAUGGGCGGCCCAACAGCGGACAGCUGCUCGCCAACAUGAAGGCGGCCGGCCUGGACCCGAGUGGUUUGUCGGCAAUCGUAGUGACCCAUUUUCACCCCGACCACAUCUUCGGGUUGAUGACCGCGAAUGACGGGCAGGUCUAUCCCGAUCUGCCGAUUUACGUUCCGGCUGCCGAGUACGAUUUCUGGACGCGCUCGGACGCCAUUCCCCGCCAGCGCCAGGCGUUGGCCGACCGGAUCCGGCGAACGCUGCCCCAAUGGUCCAAUAUCGUUCGCUAUGAGAGCGAUGCCGAGAUUCUGUCCGGGCUGACGGCGAUCGCCAGCCAUGGGCAUUCGGCCGGUCACACCAGCGUGCUGCUGAGUUCGGGCACGGCCCAGAUAUGCGUGACGGGCGAUGUCACCAAUAUCCCGCCCUUCAACAUGCACAACCCGCAAUGGCAUCUCGCCGCCGAUGACGACCCCCAAAAGGCCGCCGCCACCCGGCAGCAGAUGUUGGACUGGGCCGCAUCGGACGGCGUCAUAUGCACCGGAUAUCACUGGGGGAUGCCCGGGAUCGGACGCGUUGUCCGGAGAGCUGCAGGCUACGACCUCGAGGCGCUGGAUUUUAGCGUGAUCGACGCAGCAGGGAGUGCCCUGAUGCUCGUCUUCCAACCAGAGCGCAUGAUCUUCAUGGUCUUCGGCGUCGCCGUGGGGCUCGUCAUCGGGCUCAUUCCCGGAAUUGGCGGGCUCACCGGCUUCGCCCUGCUGAUCCCGUUUACCUAUACAAUGGACCCCAUUGCGGCGCUUGGCAUGCUGUUGGGCAUGCAGGCAGUGACCACCACCUCCGACACCUUGCCAGCGGUAUUGAUCGGGGUGCCCGGAACAUCGAGUGCGCAAGCGCUUGUUCUCGACGGGCACGAACUGGCCAAGAAGGGGGAGGCGGCCCGUGCGCUGGCCGCCGGUUAUACGUCGUCCCUCAUGGGCGGCGUGUUCGGCGCGUUUCUGCUCGCGUUCACCAUUCCCUUCAUCCGGCCAUUCGUACUGGCAAUCGGGACGCCGGAACUUUUCGCCAUUACCACGCUGGCCCUGGCCAUGGUUGCCGCCCUUUCGGGGAACGCGCCCCUGCGUGGCGUCGCCAUCGCCUGUUUCGGCAUCCUGAUCUCAAUGAUCGGCAUCGACGCCCAGACCGCCCAACGCAGGUGGACGGGCAGCUUUGUUUAUCUCUGGGACGGCGUGCCGAUCAUGCCGCUCAUGCUUGGGCUGUUCGCGCUGCCCGAACUUUGCGAAUUGGCGAUCGCGCGCAAACCACUGGCCGAUAACGUCAAGUUCGACCCCAAGAAGGGACGGUCGCAGGGCAUACGCGAUGCGCUGACCCACUGGUUCCUUGUGGUCCGCUCGAGCAUUCUGGGCGUUGUCUGCGGCGCCAUUCCCGGCUUUUCCGGGGCGGUGGUCGACUGGAUGGCGUACGGCCAUGCAGCGCGCACCGAGAAGGGCGCAUCCGAGACCUUCACCAAGGGCGAUAUCAGGGGCGUGAUCGCACCCGAAGCCGCCGCCAACGCCAUCAAUUCGGGGAGCCUUGGCACCACGCUUGUGUUCGGCGUUCCGGGCAGCGCCGCCAUGGCCAUCCUCAUCGGAGCCAUGCUGGUCCACGGCAUCGUGCCGGGCCCCGACAUGAUGACCACCAAUCUCGAUAUCACCUAUUCGAUGGUGUGGAGCAUGAUGGUCGCCAACAUCUUCGGAACUUUGGCCUGCAUAACGCUCAGCGUCUAUUUCGCCCGCAUCGCAACGCUCCGCUACACGCUCCUGCUGCCGGCGAUCCUGGUCGUUGUCUAUAUCG